UUCUAAACACUUCAGAUCGUCUCUCACCUUUCGACUCCCUCCUCUGCGAGUACCUCUCUUCAGUUUCUCCCAUUAUUCUUUCCCACUCUCCGUUCAAUCAAUAUCCUUCUUCAAUCCAAUCAAUCCUUCAGUUCUGACAUUCAAUCAAUCCUCUCCAUCUUCCUCUCCUUCAGUUCUGACAUUCUGGAUCGUGGAUUUGUGUUUGAUUUGAUCUCAACACCUAGCACCGAUAAUGUGAAACCAGCAUGCUCGAUUCUGGAGACCAAAGAUGAUAAAAGGAAGCAUCUUCUCUGUCGAUUGAUUCUUAUUGGGUAGCAGAAUAUGCCAGACAGUGUUGGUUGAAGAAGCAAAAAGAUGUACUGGUGCCUGAUCGACAGGAAGGGCAAUGUCGGUUUUGAGACAGAACACGGUGUACUUCAUGUCGAACUUCACCCUGAGUGUGCUCCUCACUCAGUAAACUACAUUCUUAGUUUGUUAACUAUACGCCACUGCGCAGGCUGCCAGUUUCAUCGGGCAGAGAAUCGAGGAUCAUAUUGGGACUCACAAGGCAAUCAUAUAAACAAUGAAGCUGUGAAGGGUCAGUAUUGGCGUUUAUGUGAUGCACAAGGGAAGCCACCUGGAGUAAUGGGAUGGUGGCCUUCAAGAGCUGUCACUUUUCUUGAUAACCACGACACGACACUGGUUCUACUCAGAAAACAAACUCGGGAGAAGAAGUGGAGCUGGAGGAGAAAACAAAUGCGUAUAAGCCUUAUCAGCAAUUGA